GCAAAUGCGAAGUCAGACAAAGCAAUGAAGGACCGCGUCAAUGAGAAUCAGCAGAUGAGGAGGCGCUUAGAAAAUGAGCUCCGGGAGACUUGCAAUCAGAUAAAUCUUACGAAGAACACCAUCCAGGACACAAAGCAUCAGAUCCGGUCUCUGGAAGAGCCCAUGGAGAUGUGCUCAACUUGUGCAUCCUGGCGGAAGCAGCGUGCGACCAAGGAGCACAUACUGGAUCCUGUCACGACUACGCUGCAGGAGCACCAGAUGACACUUCUUCGUUGUCACGAGGACCUGCGCCAGCAUCAUCAGAACGAGAAGAGCGUCUUGCAGGAGCUGAACGAGAAGAAG